GGAUCGAUUGCGCACUCGAGACGCAGCCAACAGCCAGUGAGGUUCUCCAGCCUCUCCUCCCUCUCUCUCUCUCUCUCUCUCUCUCUCUCUCUACCGAAAGGCUAAAAGAGGAAGUGAUCAGGAUGGGAGCAGAGGAGGAGAAAGCAUGUGGGGCUGCCACUGCUGCAGUCACAGAGGGUGUGGUGGUGGAACCGACGGCCCUGUUGGACGAGUAUUGGUUCUUCCACAACGCACUCGAGAGCAGAAGAAGACCGCCGCCGCGGAUCCUCCCCCCAACUCCUCCUCCCUCGAAAGCCAAGGAAGACGUUGGCAGCUCAAUUUCGCAUCAUGAGGGUUCGAUUACGAGGAGACCGUCCGGAUUUGAUGGAAAGCCUGCUCGCAAGCUGCUCCGGGCGCCGUCGAUGCCGUCGUAUCGCACCCGACAGGAGGAAUCGAGUGACAUGGCCUGUCCCCGGAGGAAAGUAGCAGAUGGCGGUAACGCACUGGUUCGGGCUCCGUCUCUGCCGGCGUACUGUGACGACCGUGACGACGCCACCCCACGAGACGUGAGAGAUCGUUCGAGGACGACGAGGAGCUCAAAGCUUCAACAUUGUUUGAGUUCCUGCGACGAUCAACGACGUCCACAGCCUGCCUCCGGGUGCGCCACGACACCUAAUCCGAGCUUUCCAAGAUUCCGACCGCCGAGAGACUGGAAGGAGGAAGCCAGCAAUUACAAGUAUUUCGCCAGCCAAACACGCCUCUUCACUGAAGCGAGCUACAUGAGAUCUAUCCAAGGGAAGAAGUGGAGAAGCUACAGCGACCUGGAGUCCUUCGAGAUCCAAGGAUUCAAGGACCUGGGCUUCGUCUUCGACGAGGAAGCAUCGAACGCGGGCCUCGCGGACGUGAUUCCCGGCCUGCGAGAGAGGCGGAACUCCGACGACGGCCAUGGCCGCGUCCCUCGGCCGUAUCUCUCGGAAGCAUGGUUCGUGGAGAGAUCAGCACCGCCGAGGCUGGAGUGGGCGGAGAAGAGGUCUGCUACAGACAUGAAGGAGCAGCUCAGGUUCUGGGCGAGGGCAGUGGCCUGCAACGCGAAGCAGGAUCGCUGACAGGUGACCAUACGGAUCCACACCAAUGCAUGAAGAAGCUGUUCCGUUUCACCAUCUUAGCAACAAACAUAUGCUUCGGUAUACGUGACUGUGAGUGCAGUCAAGCACGUAAGUUGAGCUCCAUUGCCUAAAAAGAAGAGGAAGCGAUGGAUGCAAGGGAGGGUGAAGGAAAGCUAAACCAAGUUUAGCAUACGUAGGCACAAUAAUUGUGUUACAGCCUAAUCAAUCUCACACGCCAUCCAUUUAAAUUGUGCCUACAACUCUAUAUUUGCUGCAUUUCUGUCGUCGGAAACUGUUUUCUUAAUUGGAAAUUUUGUUUCUUUUCCAA